AGACUCGCGGCCGCGUCGGGCUGGCGGCCAUCUCGUCCGUGCUUGCCGUCUCGGCUUUCCUGUGCGAGCGAAUUUCUCAGAGCUUAUUUUUCUUUAUAAAGGAUAUGGUGACCCAUUUACGCCGAGACGCUCGCGAAUUGGAGGGACCAGAAUGAUGUGAGAAAAAGAAAACAGAAAAAUCGGGGCAUUCCAGCUUUUUCGACUAAGAGCCCGGGAAACCAGCGGAACGCAGAUGCGCGAGGACGGGGAGCCGGACGAGCCCAGCCACAGAGGACUGUACGGCAGCGGGGGAGCUGUUUGGCGGGAACGCAGGGCCGCUCAGAGGCCGCCGCGAUGCUCCCCUCCUUGCAGGAAUCGCUGGAUGGGGAUGAAAAGGAGCUAGAGAGCAGCGAAGAGGGCGGCUCCGCCGAGGAGCGGAGACUCGACCCGCCGCCCAGCAGCCACUACUGUCUCUACAGCUACCGCGGAAGCAGAUUGGCACAGCAGCGAGCGGACAGCGAUGAUGGAAGCCCAGGUGGCACAAAUGCAGAAACUCCCUCUGGUGAUGAUUUCAGCCUCUCCUUGGUAGAUACUAAUCUACCAUCUGAAGUGGAGCCAGAGCUACGCGGUUGCAUUGCGAAGCGUCUUUCUAAGGGAGCAGUCUUUGAAGGGCUGGGUAAUGUUGCAGCUGUAGAGCUGAGAAUUCCAGGUUACCGAGUCGGUUGUUAUUAUUGCCUUUUCCAACAAGAAAAACCGCUUCCCCAAACAGCAUCAGUGGACUCUGAGCAGAAGUCUUCAGAGUAUGUGGUCUGUUUUUUAGGAGGGUCUGAAAAAGGACUUGAGCUUUUCAGGCUUGAAUUGGAUAAGUACAUUCAAGGGCUGAAAAAUAACAUGAACUGUGAGGAAAGCGGUGGGGAGAACCACAUCCAGUCUUACCUGAGCAGCUGGUUUGCAGAUGUUGUUUGCCCAAUCCAAAGGGUGGUCCAUCUCUUUCAGGAGAAGCUCACCUUUCUGCUACAUGCUGCUUUGAGUUAUACUCCUGUUGAGGUUAAAGGAUCAGAUGAAAAAACAAAGAGAGACAUUCACAGGUUUCUGAGCGUGGCUAGUCUCCAAGGCCUUAUUCACGAAGGCACCAUGACAUCCUUGUGCAUGGCCAUGACGGAGGAGCAGCAUAAGUCUGUGAUCAUCGACUGCAGCAGCUCCCAGCCUCAGUUCCACAAUGCAGGGAGCAACCGGUUUUGUGAGGAUUGGAUGCAGGCUUUUAUGAAUGGUGCCGAAGGAGGUAACCCUUUUCUUUUUCGACAAGUCCUGGAGAACUUUAAACUAAAGGCCAUACAAGACACAAAUAAUUUGAAGAGAUUUAUCCGGCAGGCAGAAAUGAAUCAUUAUGCUUUGUUUAAAUGUUACAUGUUCCUAAAGAACUGUGGUAGUGGAGAUAUCCUUUUGAAGAUUGUUAAAGUGGAACACGAAGAAAUGCCGGAAGCCAAAAAUGUGGUAGCUGUCCUCGAGGAAUUUAUGAAAGAAGCUCCUGCCCAGAGUUUUUGAUGACGUAUUUGGAGAUGAUUGUGUUGUGAAGUCAUGCAAGCCGUGGUGUUUAAAACUGUGGUAGUUUUUAUAACUGUCAUAGGAUUGCUAUUUCAGAUUAUUUGAAAACACAUUCUAGAUUUUUUUCAUUUUGUAUUUUCAAGAUUAAGCCUAAUUAGAUGUAUAAAUCUGAGGCACAUCUUCACAGUCAUAGAUAGAUGUAUGUUAGAAUUGUGAAAUUUUUACAUUGCUGGUCCCGUAAGUUCUAGCUUCAGGGAAUUGUUGCUCAAAACCUUCAGAGGUGAUUUUGCGGCUUCUCUGAGGCGUUUGCUGCAGUAUUUAGCAACUUUCCCUCCCAGAAAAAUCGUAAUACUUCUUUCUCAAGGUACUGUUGCUGUGGUUUAGUCGCUAACUCAUGUCUGACUCUUUCGGUGACCCCAUGGACUGCAACCCCCCAGCUCCUCUGUCCAUGGGAUUUCCCAGGCAAGGAUACUGAAGUGGCUUGCCAUUUCCUUCUCCAGGGGAUCUUCUCGACCCAGGGAUCAAACCCUCAUCUCCUGCAUUGGCAGGCAGAUUCUUUACCACUGAGCCACAGGAAAUCCCUCAAUGUACUAUAGCUUCUUUCAAAAAACUUAUUCCUAGUUUUAGGACAGAUUAACACCAUGCCACCAUUUCAAAGACAGAUCUCUGCAUCCUGUGGGUGCUUGAUGGAUUUUUUUUGUCCGAUUGAUAAUGGCAUGGAUGAUGAAGGCAGCUUUUAUGUCAAUAUGCAAAUAAAUCAUGAGUGUGUAAGAAAUUAAAUGAACUUUAAAAAUAGGUGCACUAGCUUCAAGAUAAGACAUUAUCUCUGAUGGAAAGCUACUGCAGAAGUGGCCCCAUCACUUUUCUUCAUACUUUUGUUCACAGGUAUUUGCCAAGAGCCUAUAAUUUCUCUUUUUCUUUUAUAUGAAAAUGCUGGAGUUUUUAAAGAGUGUUAAAAAAGAAACAAAGUACAUCAAUUUUACAAGCAAACGUAAAAUAAAGAACUCACACAGAGAUUCUUCACAUUGAUUUUAGUUUUCUGUACAUGUUACAAGCUUUAUAUUGUUUUACUCUGAAUCAACUGAAAGUGCCCUGUGUUAGAGCCAUUUGUAAUUCCCAUGGAAGCCAACUGUAGCUACACACACAUGACUCCAGUUUGUUCUGCAUAGCUCUUUAAUAAAUCCAUUUGAUAAUGAUUUUUGUUUGGAAGAUCAGAGUCUUCUGUUCUCACUGCCCUCAGGAUGCUCAGAGGAACAGAAGCCCGUAAAACUCCUCUCCUAAACUCAUCUAAAUUCACAUUAAGUGCUGAGUUUUAACUUUCAAGAUGACUGACAACGGCCUUCUGCUUUCUCUUCUACAGAAAUCUAGAGACAUGACUCACUGAGCCAUUUCUUUUCUUUAAUGAGAAAUAUAAUUCAGGAUCCUCAUAAAGGCUUUCAUAUAGUUUUAAACUUUAAUAACUUGGAUUGUAGUCAGUGUAGAAAAAAAUCCAAGUACCAUCUUUUUUAUAGCAUUCAGAAUGACUAUGGGAGACAAACUAUUUUACGGCACAACCCUUGAAUCUGACUUUUUCUAAGGUAGGGUUGCCCGCUUGGAAAUCAGUUUUUUAAAUAAAUAACAUUAGGACAUCAA